AUGCUGGCACCCGUUGCUGCUGCUGCUGCAGCCUCCCUGGGGGGCCCCCUCGGAGCAGCAGCAGCAGCAGCAGCAGACCGCCAGGGGGGGGGCUAUUACUUUGCAACUUCUCUCCCCCCCACAGUUGUGACUUGCUGCUGCAGCGUGCGGCUGAGGUCCCCAUACACCCCAACUCUUGUCUUGGCCAGGCCCCGCUCUUUGGUCUUCUUGCACCCGAACUCCAAAAGCAGGCGCCGCCGCCGCAGCAGCAGCAGCAGCAGCAGCAGCAGCAGCAGCAAGGACCGGGGGUGCAGCAGCCCGAGCGCCGGCGCCGACGCUUCCUGCUCCUCCCCCCGCGGAUCCCCCCUCGCAGCAGCAGCAGCAGCAGCAGCAGCAGCAGCAGCAGCAGCAGAUGACGGGGAGGAAGCUGAGUCCCCCUUUUUCAGUCCUCCCGUAACUUUGCCGUGUCGUUCUGCUGUUGCUGCUCUUGCUGCAGUGCCGCGGGCGCCGCCCUGCGGCGCUGCUGCUGCUGUCUGUACACCUGAAGAAGACAAAGACCAAGACAAACAAAAAGAAGGACUUGAAGAUCUUUUAGUUUUGACAGACUGCCAAACUCUCAUGCUUCUCACCUACGACAGGAAGCAGCGCAAAGUCAUUCCCAUCGAGCUUUUCGACCUCCGGCUCCCUUGCUUCCGGAGAAUCAAGGGGAGGCCCUUGCUGGCCGUUUGUCCCCUCACAGGAGACAUUGCAAUUCACCAGUACGAGUUCAGGCUGCAGUACCUGCAGCGCCGCCGAGUCAGCAGCAGCAGCAGCAACAGCAGCAGCAGCAGCAGCAGCAGCAGCAGGGAGCCGGACUGCAGCAGGGCGAAGCGAGUGAAGGAACAGGGACAGUCCCCGCAGUGGCAACAGCCGAAGCAGGAAGGCUCGCCGUCUCAGCAGCAGCAGCAGCAGCAGCAGCAGCAGCAGCAGGCAGCAGCAGAGAGUGCAGCAGCUCUUCCCCUGUACAACCCGCUGCGGGUGGUGUUUGUGCACGAGUUGGGGAUACUGGACAUAGCCUUUGUGGCUCCGAAGCUGCGGCAGCAGCAGCUGAGCAGCAGCAGCAGCAGCAGCAGCAGCAGCAGCAGCAGCAGCCGGGAGUCGCUGUUUUCGGGCUGCGGGCGCGCAGCAGCAGCGGGCGAGGGCGCGUGGGGCAGCAGCAGCAGCAGCAGCAGCAGCAGCGGGCCGUGCCAGCAGCUGGGGUGUCUGUACACCUGCAGCACCGUCAGCAGCAUGAGCUGCUCCUCCCCCGUUUGUCCUCCAGAUCGCUAUUUGCGGCUGCUGCACCUGCCGCAGCAAGAUGUACCCUUUAUAGACACAGACCCAGUUAGCUGCUGCUGCGGGGGCCCCCCGGGGCCCCUCCCGCUGCCUGGGGGGGCCUCGCGGCUGCUGCCGCUGCCGCUGCCCAUUGGUGGGGUUGUUGUGUUUUCCCCCAAGAGCAUUUCUUGGCUGGCAGCGCAGCCUCCCCACAGGGACAGAGCUGCUGCCAAGAAGCACUUUGCUGCGGCGCCUGCGGGCAGCAGCAGCAGCAGCAGCAGCAGCAGCAGCAGCAGCAGCAGCGGCAGCAGCAGCAGCAGCAGCAGCUCGUUCGUCGGGAUCGGCCCAGCGGCUGCUGCUUCCGCCAGGGGGCUCAGCCCAGUUUGCUCGCAAACUACUUUUCCUGGCUGCGACGAUAUUGUUGCUGCUGCGCUGCUCUCGGGACCUGCAGCAACACUCGCCCCAGCAGCAGCAGCAGAGCAGCAGCAGCAGCAGCAGCAGCAGCACACCUGCGUCUUCGUCGCCGUCGACGCCAGGGGAAACGCGCUGCAGGCGGUCCUGCGUGUUUCGCCCCCCUCCGUCUCAGACAGCAGCAGCAGCAGCAGCAGCAGCAGCAGCAGCAGCAGCAGGUGGGAGGACGUGUCUUUGUCUGUUUGCUUCCUGGGCCAUGCAUGCGAAACUUCUCAGCUGUCUCCUCUGGGGCCCCACACCUUCUUUGCUGCUUCCACUUGCAGCGACAGUUUGGUGCUGGACAUUAGAGAGCCAGCAGCAGAUGGUUUCAGCAGCAGCAGCAGCAGCAGCAGCAGCAGCAGCAGCAGCGGCUUAGGCCUGAGCCUGUCCUCUGACGAGGCAGGAGGCGUCGGCGCUGCUGCAGAGUGGCUGCAGCAGCCGCAGCCAGCAGAGCAGCAGCAGCAGCAGCAGCAGCAGCAGCGGGGGCGUCUGCGAGUGCUGGAAGCCUUAAGCAAUUUGGGGCCAAUUGUGGAUUGCUGCAUAGCAGACUUUGAGGGCAAGGGGCAAAGACAGCUGGCGGUUUGCUGCGGCAACGGCAGCAGCGGGGCCGUGCGGUUCGUACGAGAUGGCCUCUUUCUGCAUUCUGCUGGUGCUGCUGCACUGCAGCAGCCCGUGGAAGGGGCUAUUGUGGCUUCCCGUAGCUGGAAGGAGACUGAAGACGGUGGAGAGAUUGAGGCGCUGGAGGGCCUGGGGGCUCUUGUGACUUCGCAGCCUUCACUUAUUUGCUGCCUUUUCAAGCCAGAAGAUGCAAACUCAGCAGCAGCAGCAGCAGCAGCAGCAGCAGACAGUGAAACUGCUGAGGCAGGCCAACCCAUGGAACAGGAUGGAGAAGACUUCCCACGCGCGUCAGAGCGAGAUUCUCCUUUGGUGGUUCUUCAGGUUUUGCACCGGGGGCUCUUGGCGCUUGAUGGCUGCGAGGCUUCGCUGGCGCUGCAGGCUGCGGUGUCUGUACACCUCACGGCGGCGGCUGCGGGGCGCCCCUUGCUGCAGCUGCGGCCUUGUGACCCCAGUGCCUUGUUUGCUGCUGCUGCUGCUGCUGAUGAAGCGGAGUCGCGCAUCAGUGCUGCUUCCGUGGCUCCUGUGGCAGGCGUCGGGCGGGGAUCGGCUGCUGCUGCAGCGGGAGAUGUUCUGCUGCUGACUGUCGACACUGCUGCUGCUGCUCUCUCCUUCAGAAGCAGCAGCCGCAGCUUCCACUGUCUCCAGACCAGGGACUUGAAUGAUGAGGCCUCUGCUGCGCAUGCAGCUAGGCUGGACAUUCCUGACCCAACGUCUGCAGCAGCAAGCGACGAGGCUCCUGCUGCUGCUGCACCUGCUGCUGCUUCCGUUUCCGUUGCCCUUGCUGCUGUGGGGUUGUUUGGGGAGGGCACCGUUCGUCUGCUGUCGCUGCCCGACUUGGAACAUCUCAUGACCGUUGAUGCAUGCAAGGGCGAGAUGGGCGUUUGGAUCGUCUCUACGCUGGUUUGCUGCAUGAGAGGCGUCGCUCUUUGCUUAGCUGGGCUCAGCAAUGGCCGGGUGGUGCUGUUCCGUCUGGGCCUCGCAGCUGCGGAGGCAGCAGACAGCAGCAGCAGCAGCAGCAGCAGCAGCGGGACUGCUUUUAUGACGGGGCACUUCGUGGACACUGGGUCGGCUCUCCGUCUGCGUCUGUCUUUGCUGUCGGGGCGAGUCUUUUCUGUGGGGGGGGGCCCUGUGCGCGUUGUGAGUCUUCCGCGGCUUCCGUUUGCUGCUGCUGCUGCUGCUGCUGCUAAGCGCAAGGAGGAGCGCCGCCGGCGCAGCAGCAGCAAGGGCGAAAGUUCGAAGCUGCGCGCAGUCUCCCCUCGGCAGCGACUCAGUGCAGAAAUAGAGGCCCGCCAUGAUGUCUCUUGCGUCGUUUGCUGCUGCUCGAGCCCCACCAUCAUACACGUCUCUGCAGCAGGGAGCCUCACCUACAACCACGUCCCAUGUGUCUCGCUGCAGCACGUUGCUGACUUCAGCUGUGGGGCCACAGACCCCCAGCUGGGCCUGUUGUGGGUAGAAGGGGCUUCUGCUGUUUCCGCGGCAGCCGACAGCAGCAGCAGUAGCAGCAGCAGUAGCAGCAGCAGUGGGUGGUACCGUUCGCCGGUGGGCGGCCAGCAGCAGCAGCAGCAGCAGCAGCAGCAGCAGCAGCCACGGGCAGUGCUGCACGUGGGGGUGAGGGAGCAGGCGCAGCGGCUGCACUCCCGCGUGCUGCCUGUGGGGCGCACUGUAGAUGCGCUGUGUCCAAUUGAGUCUGUCUCUGUGGUGGCUUUGGCCUGUCCUGCAGAAGUGGUGGAUGGCCGAGAAGAGCCCAGCUGCGUCUUAUUUGUGAAUCCCGUCACGAAAAAUGUUGAAGGCAAAUUCGUUUUGCCCCAACCCACGCAUGUGCCCUCGGCGCUGUGUCUGGGGCCUCCAGGGGUCCUGGGGGGGCCCCCUGGGGCUGCUUUCAGCAGCAGCAUGGCAUGCAAAGGCCAGCUGGAGCAGCAGCAGCAGCAGCAGCAGUUGCUGCCACGCAGCGAAAGCACUGCUGCUGCUGCUGCUUCGAGAGAGGCAGAUGCUGCUGCUGCGCUGCUGUGCGUGGGCACAGCUGAAGUUGUACUCAAUGACUGCGUCCCCCAAAAUGGUUGCAUUCAUGUUUUGAGGAUUUCCAGAGUUCACGGCAUGCUGGUCAUAGCUGAAGCAGCAGAACGCAUGCGACUGCUGGCGGGAGUCCACGAACUCCGGGUCUUUGACGGCAUGGUUUUAGCUGCAUGCAACCACCAACUGCGACUGAUCAAACUGAGCCUCCCCGGAGACAGCCUCCAGGAGGAGCGCUCCUCAAGCCGUCCAACGCAGCCGGAGCGCCGAGGCCAGCGCCGCAAGCAGCAGCAGCAGCAGCAGCAGCAGCGAAGACGUGAUGGCUCGAGUUUGAUGGACAUAGGGGAAGACAUGGACAAUGAUGGGGUGUCUCAAGACGAAAAAGAAGCAGUUCCUGCUGCAACUGCGGACAAAGGCCUGGGUGCUCUGGGCCGCAUUCAGCUGGGUUGUAUUGCCACGUUUGCUGCCAGCACUUUCAUUGCCUCACUCGACGUCCUAGAAGACCGGCUGAUUUGCGUUGGUGACAUGAUGUCUUCUGCUUGCAUUGUAGAAUGGAGGCCCAGCGAAAAGGCGCUGCGCGAAGUCGCAAGGGAUAUGCGAUGUGCAUGGCCGCUGGGAGUCUCGCUCUUGAAUGGAGACAGCUGCCUGAUGUCUGAUGGAGAACAAAACUUGUGGGUGCUGCAGCGGGCGGUGCCUGAGGGGGCUCUCAAGGGCCUCUGCUGCGGGCGUGACGGCGAGGCGCAGCAGCGCCCUGCUGCCGCUGCUGCUGCAGCAGAGAGGCAGCAGGACGAAGAUACGGCCGGCGGCAGCGGCAGAAACCGUCAGCAGCAGCAGCAGCAGCAGCAAGCGGGUGCUGCUGCUGAGACUGCAGCAGGGUUCAGUAUAAGUGAUGCGCAGCGUUUUCGACUCUCGCCUUCCGCUGCGCUUCAAACUCCAGUUUCCCUCAACAAAUUCGUUCACGGAGGCAUCAGCGUGCAAGUUACUGAGGGGCUGCUGUGGGGACCGAGUGAGCAGCAGCAGCGGGAGCAGGGCCCCCCAGCAGCAGCAGCUACGUCAGCAGCAAGCGAGGAGGCCCUAGGUGGGUUGCUAGAGGAUGCGCACGAGGGCCUGAUGCAGGGUUUGUCUGGAUCGAGCAGCAGCAGUGGGUGCAGCAGCGGCGGGUGCAGCAGCAGCACCGGCGGCAGUGGACAGCCGCAGCAGAAGUCGGCCUCGCUCUGCUGCCCCUCGUACACUCGCACUUGGGUUUCAGCUGAAGGCAGCAUUGGAGUUGUUUUGAAACUGAGAGACCCUGAAACUUUCGCAAAGAUGGCGGUGGUGGAGGAUGCUGUUGGGUACAUCAUGGAGUGGAUCGGGUUUCGUGGGAGAUCACCUGGGCAAGGGUCGAGUCCGUAUAAGGGUUUUGUAGACGGAGACAUGUUAGAGCAGUUGUUGCUGCUGCGGCCAAGAGAACAGCGGGAGGUGUACAAGCUGGCUAGAGUCACUGCAGAGGAAAUCGGCUUGUCGCUACCCUCACUAGAUGAACUUCUGCUGCAGAUUGAGCACCUGCGGCAGCUGCAUUGA